CUCUUCCUCUCGUGGUGCAAAGAGACUCACACCUCAGUGUGAAUGCACCUUUAUUUUUUACAAUGUUUGUAUUUAUUUUGUAUUUUUCACACAAAUGUACGCGAUUCUUCUGUUUUGCAAUGUAAUACAACCAGUAAUUAUUUAUAAAUUCGCAAUUAAUAAAAAUGCCAAAAACUAUAAAUACCGAAAGUGAAUGUAAAAAAUCGCGUGAAAUUAUAAAAGCUCGUAAAAAAGUAAAGAAACAAACGCGAUGUGCAUAUUCAAAGGAAAAUUUAUUAUCAGCCGUACAAGAGGCUAAGAAUGGAAUGCCAAUUGCGGAAAUUGCAAGAAAAUACAAUGUACCAGAAUCGACAAUUCGUUCAAAAAGAGAUAAUAAAUAUGCUGAUAAGAAACCAGGACCAGCAACUGUUCUUAGCACUGAGGAAGAAAAUGAAAUUGCACAUUGGAUUUUUCUUUGCUACCAAAGAGGAUUUCCAAUUGCUAAAAGUCAAUUACUCGAAGCUGUUGAAGUAAUUUGUCAAAAGAUAAAAAGAGAAAUUCCCUUUAGUAAUGGAAGACCGGGUAGAGGAUGGUUUACAGGUUUUCUAAGACGUCAUCCUCAAAUUUCAAAAUCAGUCUUUGAAAAUACAUCGUUAGAUAAGGCAAAAAUCUCCGAAGAAAGUUUACAGGAAUGGUUCGAUCAAAUAUCGAAAAAUAUUUCUUCCAUUAAUCUUUUGACAAUUGAACCGAAUAGAAUUUUCAGUUGUGAAGAAAUUGGACUUGUGAAUCCAAAUUCUUCUUCCACGGUAUUUUCGUCCAAGGGAUCAAAAAUUGUUCAAAAGACAACAAUGUAUAAUAAUCAGAAGAAAAAUGUAUCGAUAUUAAUCGCAGGCAAUGCAGCAGGUGACAUUGCACCAACUUUCAUCAUCUUUACUGAAGGAUCAUUAUCAAAAAAAAAUUCACAAACAAUAUCAUCUGAAUUGACUGUCGAUUAUAGUGAAGAUGGAUCAAUGACAUCAGGAAAUUUUUACAAAUUCAUUGUAAAUGUAUUUGACCCUUGGUUAACCAAAACAAAAGUGAAACGUCCAGUACUUUUAUAUAUCGAUAGCAAUAAAUUUCAAUUGACAUUGGAUCUCAGUAAAUUCUGCACAAAAAAUGAAAUUGAACUCAUAGCAUUGCAUUCAGAUGUGACGGAAGUUCUAAAUCCCCUAUGUGUAUCGUUCAUCCAUAUUUUCGAAGCUGAAAGAAUAAAGGCGAACAGCAUUAUUACUGAAGAUUCUCCAAGAAAGGAUAUAACAACCGAGCAAUUUGUUUCGAAUCUCAAGCAAACGUUUGACACUCUUAAUGUAAAGGAACUUUUACCAAAUUGUUUUAUGGAAUCUGGAUUGUAUCCUAACGUCAACUUUACAGAUUACAACGAGGUUUCAAAUCACAAUGAAAAUACAAUUGAUAAUGAAAUGGAGGACAAUGCUGAAUACGCAAAUAAUUGGGAACGUUUACAAUGUUUAGAAAGUCUGAUAAGUAAUGAUAAACUUGAAACUUUCAGACUAAAUGAAAGUCCAGAAUGGAAAGGUGAAAGAAGGGAUGAGAGUCUUUUUGAAAUUUGGUACAAAUUGUCUAAUUCUUGUACUGAGAUAGUACAUGAGGCAAAUAGAAAGAUUAUAGAUCCACAAAGUGAUUGUGAAGAUGUUAAACCCAUGGAUUUGGAGUUUGUGAAAAUUGAAAAUGACGAUGAAUCCAAUGAUGUGCUUGUCUAAAUUAGAUUUAAGUUAUGAACUAUUUUUUAAUACAGAGAGUUUGCAGAAACGACUGAACUGUAUAAAUUAUUUAAUAUAAUAAAUUAUAACAAUUUGUUACAAAA